UCUGGGUCUGAGAGGGCAUCUGACCUCUGCUAGGCAGUUGCUGUCCAGUCGGAGCACUGGGCUUGCACUGGGUGAGCUGAAUGCUUGCCAGACAUUACGUUGGCUUCUAAUACUAUUUCCUGGCAGGUAACCUUGUUUCCACAAUAAUAAUUUAAUUAUGUCAAUUGUUAAAAUGAGAGCAAAUUACCCUCCCCCCAACCGCCUCCCCCGAAAACCGAGUUGGAUUCUUUGGAAAGAUUUGAUAAAGCCUGAGACUGCUGCUGCGCUGAAGCGGACGAUAGAAGCCCUGAUGGACCGGGGGGCGAUCGUGAGGAACUUGGAGAACCUGGGGGAGCGGAUGCUUCCUUAUCGGAUCUCUGCCCACAGCCAGCGGCACAACAGAGGCGGGUAUUUCUUGGUGGAUUUUUAUGCACCAACAACAACUGUGGAAAGCAUGCUGGACCACUUGUCUCGAGACAUUGACGUCAUCAGACCUAAUAUUGUGAAACACCCUCUGACCCAGGAAGUAAAGGCGUGUGAGGGGAUUGUCCCGGUCCCACUUGAAGAAAAACUGUAUUCCACCAAGAGGAGGAAGUGAGGCGCUCCAGAGUUCAGCCUGCUGUUCAGUCCUCUCACUUCUGAGCAUCGCGGAUGAGUCAUUCACAGCCUGGCCUUUACAUAAGUGUGCCGGGUGCCAUGGGAGGGUCUGGGGGUUCUUGGCUCUCGGUCCCCUUUGCGGGGAGCGGUGGGGCAUGGCUAACUGGGAGCCGCUAUGUAUCUGCUGGUGCCACUGUCCCAGUCAAAUACAUCGUUCUUGAUUUUGUUAAAGUAAAUGUAAGUUUUUUGCCCUAUAACACUUAACACCAUUUUGGAGAACAAAACUUAUAAAACUAUCUUGGAUUGUGAGCUAAUCAUUCAUACUGUAUAACCAUGAAAAAUAAAAUAUUCAGAUUGUAAAAUCA